UAUUAACCGAACCCUCCCUCCCAAUGCCAGUCCACUCUCUCUCUCUCCCUCUCUCUCCAAAUAUAUUCACAGAGAGCACCAAAUCUCCAUUUUCUCUUCGACCAAAAACCCCUACCUCCUCCUCCAUCACUCUAUCUAAAUCUCUUCCAGUUCUCGCCAAGCCAAUCCAAUCCAAUCCAAUCCGUGGGCUCACCUCCAAGCAGCACCGUUUCGAUCGGUGGACUCGUCGAUUUGUAAUUUACGAAUUAAUUCUUGUUUUUUUUUUUUUUUUUUUUAUAAUCAAUUUGCGUAUUCCGCAAUCCGAUUCGAUUGAAUUUUCGGUUAAUCGAUCGGAUUCGAUCCUUACCGGGCCGGGAACGUGGGCGGUUAUCAAGGGACGGGAAUGGAAGCAUCGGUGAACGAAUUUACACGCGCCUGAAAAAGAAAAAAUGCCAGGUCUAGUUCACAGGAAUGGACAAUUUAUUAAUGGUUCAACCGCGUCGUACACGCUCUCGGCCAACGGGUUUUGGUCCAAGCAUGGCGACGAUGUUAGCUAUAACCAGCUCCAGAAGUUCUGGAGUGAGUUGUCACCGCAAGCUCAGCAGGAGCUUCUGAGGAUCGACAAGCAAACCCUCUUUGAGCAAGCUCGUAAAAAUAUGUACUGCUCUAGAUGCAAUGGGUUACUGCUUGAAGGUUUUUUGCAGAUUGUCAUGUAUGGAAAGUCUUUGCAGCAGGAAGGAUCAGUUGGGCACCUUCCCUGCAACAGACAGGGGGACUCAAAAACUCAAAAUGAGAGUAUUGAUAACGGUUGCCAAGAUGAGAUUCAAGAUCCAUCUGUACAUCCUUGGGGAGGUCUAACCACAACACGUGAUGGGUCACUGACACUUAUGGAUUGCUAUCUGUAUGCAAAGUCUCUCAAGGGUCUCCAAAAUGUAUUUGACAGUGCACGUGCCAGGGAACGGGAACGAGAGUUGCUUUAUCCCGAUGCCUGUGGUGGGAGUGGUCGUGGUUGGAUAAGUCAAGGAAUUGCGAAUUAUGGCAGAGGGCAUGGGACAAGGGAAACAUGUGCACUGCACACUGCCAGGCUUUCUUGUGAUACUUUGGUGGAUUUCUGGUCAGCUCUUGGAGAAGAAACCCGGCAGUCUCUUCUAAGGAUGAAGGAAGAGGAUUUUAUUGAGAGGCUUAUGUACAGAUUCGACAGCAAGAGAUUUUGCAGAGAUUGCAGAAGGAAUGUCAUUCGUGAGUUCAAGGAGCUAAAGGAGUUAAAGCGCUUGAGGAGAGAGCCCCGCUGCACUAGUUGGUUUUGUGUUGCAGAUACAGCCUUUCAAUACGAGGUAUCUGACGACACACUUCAAGCUGACUGGCGCCAAACUUUUGCUGACACUGUGGGAACAUACCAUCACUUUGAGUGGGCAGUUGGAACGGGAGAGGGAAAAUCUGAUAUUCUGGAAUUUGAAAAUGUUGGAAUGGUUGGAAAUGUCCAAGUCAGUGGCCUAGAUCUUAGUGGUUUAAGUGCAUGUUUUGUCACUCUGAAAGCUUGGAAGUUAGAUGGCCGCUGCACUGAGCUUUCGGUGAAAGCUCAUGCAUUAAAAGGUCAACAAUGUGUACAUGGCAGGCUUGUUGUUGGGGAUGGUUUUGUGACAAUCACCAGAGGGGAAAGUAUCAGAAGUUUUUUUGAGCAUGCUGAAGAGGCCGAGGAAGAAGAGGAUGAUGAUUCCAUGGACAAGGAUGGAAAUGAGCUUGAUGGAGAAUGCUCCCGUCCCCAAAAACAUGCGAAGAGUCCUGAACUUGCUCGAGAGUUUCUUCUAGAUGCUGCAACUGUAAUUUUUAAGGAACAGGUUGAAAAGGCUUUUAGAGAAGGAACAGCACGCCAAAAUGCACACAGCAUCUUUGUUUGCCUUGCACUGAAACUGCUGGAAGACCGUGUUCAUGUUGCAUGCAAAGAAAUCAUCACAUUAGAAAAGCAGAUGAAACUUCUUGAAGAAGAAGAAAACGAGAAGCGUGAAGAAGAAGCACGCAAAGAGAGAAGAAGAACAAAAGAAAGAGAGAAAAAACUUCGAAGAAAGGAAAGGUUGAAAGAGAAAGAAAAGGAUAAAGAUAAAAAAUGUUCGGAGUCAAAUCAAACUCCUCUUCAUCCUGAUGUCUCAAAGGAAGAAUUGCAUGAGGGUCCAAAUAAUCUCCUCAGCUGCCGGGAUUCAGUUAGUGAAGGUGAUACUAUUCAAUUUAGGCCUGGAUCUCCUGAUAUUCAAGAUGAUUUCUCAAAUGGGUAUAUUAGUUCAAGAAUACAAGAUUACUCUUAUGAUAGUCCUGAUGGGGAAAUUACCUAUGGGAAAGAUUGGAAUGAUUCUUUUACGGAUGAGCAAUCAAGUUUUUCUCGUCAGAGACUAAAAUUUCGGAAAGAAGUUCAACUGGAUCCAUCUUUGAAGUGGUCUGACAGACACCGAUAUGUAACAGCAGAAUUUGGGACUGCGGUUCAGAGAUCUGAGCCAAGAUACCAUGGUGAUAAUUGUGAGACUCCUUCCAGGGGCAUGAAUGGAUCUAAUAGGCAGUUAAGGAUGAAUGCUCCAAAGUCCAAUGGUCGACAUUGUGGCCCUAAGUUUUGCAGCAACAGAUUGAGUGAAAGAUUUGACCUCAAUUCUUGCAGCUGUAACCAGAAUAAUGAAUAUAGAGCGAGGAUUGAUCCACAUGUUUCUACAAUCAGAGUAAGUCGGGAUUUUAGAUCUGCAAGCAAGUUAGAGUCUGCAUUGGAUGUGUCCAAGCAAUUUUAUCGUGGUAACAAGUAUAAUCAAAUAGAAUACUUGCGAGCUGGUUGUGAGAAACCCAAAAACAAAGCCAUCUCAGGGAACAAUCCUCCUGGCAAAGAGGUGCUUCACUCCAAGAAGGUUUGGGAACCCAUGGAAUCACAUAAAAAGUAUCCACGAAGUAACUCAGACUCCAACUUUACCUUGAGGUCAUCUACUUUCAAGGUUGAAGGGGCAAAGCCUGAUAAUAACUUUGCCAAGUCAUCUGAUAGCGAUAGUCAUUGUGAACACAGUGAAGAUUCAGCUGUUAUUGAUCGGGAGGAUAGUAAUUCAAAGGAAUCAGAACUUCAUGGCUUAGAAACUGAUGGGCCCUCCGAGAAUGAAUUUAAUGUGGGAGCAAAGGGCCAAUGCAACUCAAUUGAAGCGGCUACUGAGGAUACUGGAUCAUGUGCAAUCAGUUCUGCAGUGAAUUAUGAUAAAUCAGCAUCUAAUGGGACCUCAGAUCCCAUCAUGAGUAGCACAUUGAGUUCUGAUAGCUUCUCAUCAUGCCUGAGUGAGGGUGACAGCAAUACGGCCUCUUCAAACCAUGGAAAUCCGGAAUCCUCUUUCACAUCAGAUUCAGAAGAUUCCAGCCAGCAAUCAGAAGGAAGAGAAUUAUGCGCCCGUAAUGGCUUCUCUAAGUGUCAGGAAGUUACAGUGGAGAAAAAUGAGAAUUCAGAUGGCGGGAAGGUCAUGGGAAGCAGCACAUCUGUUGGUCUUUCAUUGGAUGGAUUGGGAAGUGUUGGUCUGGGGAAACCAGCAACGGGAGUCUUGCAAGUUUUUGAUAAUGGAUCGUCUGCUGUUAGCAUUGGUUCUCAACCUCAAGGCAUGCUUCCUUCAAUGCAUAACCAAAACAUACACUUUCCAGUGUUUCAAUCUCCUUCAACGUUGGGUUUUUACCAUCAAAACCCAGUUUCAUGGCCAGCAGCUCAUGCUAAUGGAUUAAUGCCCUUCCCCCAUUCCAACCACUAUUUAUAUGCUAGCCCUCUUGGGUUUGGUAUAAAUGAAAACUCACGUUUCUGUAUGCAAUAUGGUCCGCUGCAGCAUCUAGGUGUGGCUGCCCCGGUAUUUAAUCACAACCCAGUCCCAGUUUAUCAACCAGUUGCCAGAGCCAGUGGUGUAAAUGCUGAUGAGCAAACUCGGAUUGCUAAGCUAGGUGCAGGACAAGAAGCUUUUAAUAAAGCUAAUGCAGAGAAGGCAGUUAAAGCAAGACUGCAUCCAAAAGAAGCACCAGGAAAUGAAGUGGGGCAAAAUGAUAAUCCGUCCAAAUUGCAUACGGGUAACUCAGGGUUUUCCUUGUUCCAUUUUGGUGGGCCUGUGGCUGGAUGUAAACCAGACCUGAUUGCUCGGAAAGAAGGGGUUAUUGGGGAUUUUCCUCAAGAAUAUCCAACCAAUCAUGUCGACAGUGAUUGUUCUUCGAAUAAGAAAGAGAGUAUGAUGGAAGAAUACAACUUGUUUGCAGCAAGAAACGGUAUAAGGUUUUCAUUUUUCUAAUAUAGUAACGAGAAGGUGUGAAUUGCUGUUGAGUAUUUCAGUUCCCAUCUUCUUGUUUGGAAAUGGUUUGAGUACUUUGUAAUUCGGUGAACAAUAAUCUUCAGAAAUUCCAAUUUUUUACUUGCAGUAUCCUUAAUUUUGUGUUAUCCCAUUUCUCUCAUUAUAUUUCCUAAUGUAGAGAAGAGGAAAAGAGAAAGGAUUCAAGAGUGCAUACCGUUUGAAGAGUUUUCUAUAUGAAGUCUUGGUUCUUUUCCCCAUUAAUGAAGGAUUUGUUGGCAUCAAUCAUUUUCAUUUGAUUCUGGUGCAAGUUGUUUGGAUUAUAAGGUUCAUACGGAUUUAUGCAGGAAAUGACCCAGAAAAGAUACCCAGAGAGUUGCUACAAAAAUCAAACCUUGAGCGCCGUAAAAACGCAACGACUUUUCCAAGUUAUUCUCGCGCUAUCUGCUAGAGCCUAGAAGCAGAGAUGACAGAAAUGAAGCCUUGAACCGGGCCUAGGCCCAAUUGGAUUGUGGCUUUCUUCCAGCCCACUCUUCGGAUUAAAUUAUUAAAUAUUUAAUAUUGUCUAAAAUAAAUAAAUAACACUCACAAUGCUCCCAUCGGAACUUCCGCGAGAAAACAGUACUUUCUCGUCCUUCUUUCCCCACGCUUCCCUAACACUCGCACCUACUACUCCCAUGGCCACACCCCAGCUCUUCUCCUCCUUCAAAUACUACGACAGCCUCACCUUGGUGGCCAUUUCAUUGUGCACUGCCGUAGUUUGUGAGGCCAUCUCCUGGCUCCUCAUCUACCGCACCAACUCUUACAAGUCCCUCCGUUCUUCCAUCGACAAGGCUUCCAAGAAGCUCGAGACGAUGAAGACCGAGUCCUCUGCCAAGAUCGCCAAGAAAUCCAAGACCAAGAAGAUGGACCGCGUCGAGACCAGUCUCAAGGAGUCCAGCCGUGACCUCUCCCUCUUCAAGUUCAAGUCCGGCGCCGUCGUCGCCCUCGUCCUCUUUGUUGUCUUCGGUCUCCUCAAUUCGCUCUUCGAAGGCAAGGUUGUCGCCAAAUUACCCUUCGCACCCUUCAGGAUCGUUAUGAAGAUGAGCCACAGAGGUCUAAAUGGCGACGAUCCCACCGAUUGUUCCAUGGCCUUCUUGUACUUCCUCUGCUCGAUUAGCAUCCGCACCAACCUGCAAAAGUUCUUAGGGUUUUCACCGCCACGUGGUGCCAGCGCCGGCCUCUUCCCCAUGCCAGAUCCCAAAACCAAUUGAUCCGGUCCAACGCUACACUUUUCUUGUUGUUUUCAAAUUAGGACUUUGUCUUUUAAAUGCUAUAAUGAGAAUAAUGAGAAGUAGGAUCGAAAAUGAAUGGUGAUUGAGAUGUAUUUUAAUUGGUUGAGCUCGUGUAAAAUUAUUGCUGAUUCAGAGGCGGGAAAUGAAGCGGCUAGUGUGGUGACCUUUUGGAAGGUAUAUUUAGGACUUUACGCUCAUUGAUUGUGAAAUAUUUCUUAAAGUUGACAUUGUAUCGACCUGAAACCACUUCCAUCUAACAUGUCAUCUUUGAUUUAAUAUUCUGCCCGCAGCAUGCGUGCUAUUUUGUAGUCGUUGAGAAUUUUCAUGUAGAUAUUUUGUUGUUUGUCUGUGCA